UUUUCUCUUCGUAUGUUUUUUUAUUUCCAGGUUUAUUGUUGGUGUUUUCGGGAGGUUGUUGUUGUUGUUCUCGGAGCGUUCUCAUUGUGAGAAGCUUCUGGAUACGAAGACGAAGCUUCAGGAGAUUCGCAUUCUUUGCGCUGUGCAGUCGAGCCGUUGCAUGCGAGGAUUGACCAAGAUUUGAUGGUUCGAAAGCAGAGUGUAGUGUAGUGUACUCCUCGCCAACUGGAUUUUCGCAUUCGUGUACCUUUCUGCUUUGGCGUCGGCGAAUUCCGAUGGGUGGCUGGCGUCGAAGGGGUGCGCUGUUUGCAGAUUGAUGAUGAGGGUCUUCGGCUUUUUCCUUCAUUGGUUAGCUUAAAGUACAACAAAUGGUCGUAACCAGUUCUAGAAAAGGGAAGGAAAUUUCAACAGUGGCGUCCGAAGACAAUGCGUAUUUUGUAUACGGACACUUUGCUGCAGGUGGUUUGGGAGAGGCCAGGUCGAAGACGAUGACGAAUAGGCUACUGUGUAGAAAGAACGGAUCAAGUUUCAACUUGUGUACCUUCUGGAAACUCAUUAUUCUUCUAGGUUUUUUUGUUAUUCUUUUUCCCGGAGCUACAGCGAAUGCCAAAGGUGUUCGACGAAAUUUGGAAGCUUUUUUCUGUAGAGUAGAUCAAGAUGGAAAUGGCGAAAUCGAGCAAGGUGAAGCUUCAAAGUUUCUGCGGAAGCUGGAUGCCCAAAUGGCAGAUGAUGGUGAAAUGGAGACAAAAGAGGGUAUGAGUGAGUUGAUGGCAUCAUCUCAGUUUGACUUUACGUUCAGCUAUGGCGGCAAUACUAUAUCCGCAGAAGAAAUGCUGGAUCACCUAUCAAACAUGAUGACUGCAAAUCAUGUAGUAGAUUGGGUCACUCACGGACUAGAAUUGCCACAGUAUGCGGAAGCAUUUCGUCAGAAUGCUAUCAAUGGAAUGGAUUUUCCAGCUCUUAUCGAGGAUGAUGGCGUGGCUUUGCUCGAGGACCUUGGCAUCAAGAGUACUCUACAUCGUACCAAAAUCACACAUGCUUUGGUGAGACAAAUUUUCGGAAUUGGCACAGUUCCAGGUCCAGUUCGUUCAUUACAAUGCAAUCCAUCCAGUUAUGGCGGGAUAGAACUCUCAUGGGAAGCUCCUACGAAUCGCGGCGUGCCUCCCUUGCAUAAGCAUUUAAUUGAGCGUUGGUCAAAGACCUUUUCUACCUGGACGAGUGUUAAUGAUACAAGGGAAGUUGUUUUUCUGGAUAGAAAUGCUAUUAGAACCGGAAAAGAUUACACGUACAGAGUGCAAAGUUGGGGCAAUCACGGUCCUUCUAACUGGGUCACCGUAGAUGGUUGUAGAGCAGAUUUUACUUCUCUCUCACCUUCUAAACUGGACAUUGAGGAUAAUCUUCCCUUGCAGAUGUUUGAACAGGUGAAUGCAAAGUUAGACUCAGAAUUGUUGAUGCCCAUAAGAUCCAAGUCCUCUCAGGAAGAAGAAAGUAGUCUGCGUCCUGUUAUAAAUUAUGUGAUAUUAAUGCUUUUAGGGUUUAUCUCAAGACAUGCAUUCUUCUUUGACGUAACUUCAGCCGCUUGGAUUCUCUUGAAGAAUCAUCUAUGGCAAGCGGUGACAGAAGGGGAGCAUAGCCCUUACCUUUUUGUUAGUACAGCGGCACGUUCUAUAAAAAUGGCUUUUGAUAGUUGGUCUUAUAUGCGUCAUAAAGUGUGGAUGCUUUCUAGGUUAGGAGUGGAUACAUCCUUGGACUCGACGAGGGGUGUGUCGACUAGCUCCUUUGAAGCUGAAAGAGAGGUGAAUGGGGCAUAUUCUGAGGCUGAAGCUAUCCGAAGUAAUAGUUCAGAUAACCUUCACGAGGCAUCUGAUUUGGGACUUCAGACGAGUUCGAAGUAUCCAAAUGGCAUUUCUCCUAACAAUAGUGAGAGGGAAACAGAGUUGCAGUAUUCAACACAAAACGCAGCAUCGUUCUCUGUAGCAUCUCCGCCGCAGGACGCAGAGCUUCCUAAUCCUUCUAGGAGGAGCAAAAACAGGUGCAGUCAUGAAUGCUGUAAGGUUCGGUUUGAUCGCUGGCGUUCAUUACAAGACUGGUGGAUGAAGUUUAACAAGCAUUAUUGUGGGCAAUGCCAGAGUGUGUACUGCGUGAAACACACCCGAAUUUCGCCUCAUGGACCGCGUGGCCAAUGUGGAUUAGAGAGUCAUUGUUACUGCUAUAGUUGCUUUGCUUCAUUACCUAAAGAUGUUCAACGCAGGCUAGAAGAGCAUAACAAGUUGCGUGCUGGCCCUACUGUAACAAGUAAUUUGUCUUCGUUAGCAUCUUCCUCCAAACCGAGAUCAGACUGUUCAUUCAAUGGCUCCGCAGCUGGAGAUGGGCUCCCUCCCCCCUUGAGCGACACGAUGGGAGACUACCUCGAUGGUAAUGGCCUACUCGACUUUAGGGAUAUGGGCGUAUCAAAAGCGGCAUUCGACUCAGGAUUGCCUGAUGAUUCAAGUGAGCAAGGAAAUUCAAAGCGUAAACAUAGGAAACAAAGAAGCUUUGCAUGAGCACAUGCGCUGCUUGGGAACAUGCUCCGUGCAUUUCGUUGGAUGCUUUGAAUAUGCUGAUCAUGGAAGCAAGCCACAUAAUUCACCUGUGAGUCUUCUUCGACAAACACAGGUGACUCUUGUACCUUAAGAACAUUUUUUACAAGCACAGUACUUCUUUUGACAAUCAAGUGGUUAGAAAUUAGAUUACCGUAGUCGGAUGCAAGGUUCGACUGGGAAUUUUUUCAUGAAAAACUUAGAUUAUUUCAAAAACAUUCAGAGAGACAAUCUCCAAAAACUCUGAAAAUUUUGGCUCUUUCGUCCUUCGUACAUUGUCGAUCUAGUGAACAAUAUGGAGGAGGAAUUUUACGUUUAUCUCAUUUGAAACUUAAUGCUACUAUUUUUUUAGGUCAAAUUUUAGAGUUAACAUUUAUGGUGGUUAGUGUAUGGGAAGAGAAGCGUAUCAAAAUGUAUUGACUGAAGCUUGUGGAGUGAAAGGCAUUGAUAGAUAAAUCUGUGUUGGUUUUAUUCA